AUGGAGAGGGAAUACUCACCCAUAACAUUCAAUGAAAUAGAAUCAGAGUCGACCCCUAUUAGAAGAUCAAACGAAUUACCAGAUACAGAAUUUAUCACUGCAGAUGGUAUAGUGAAUACAACUAUACCAAUUGAUGAUAAAAAUGAAAAUACUGAAGAAAUUGAAGAAGUUGUAAAUAUUUUGGAAAAUGAAAGAGAAUUAGAUGAUGAUAAGACUCAAAUUAAUCCUGUGAAUGUUGCAUAUUUGAUGUUUUCACCUAAAAGAAAGCAACAACAACAAAAGUUGGAGAAAUUGAACCCUGAACCAGUUAGAUCUCAAACUCAAAAUAAUCAACCCUCAACCUCAACCGAUAACAAUUAUAAACAAACUAUACUAAACAAUCCAAUGAUACCGUAUACUUUAAAUUUAUAUUUUCAAUUAAUAAUGAACGUUAUACUAUGGUCAUUCAUAAUAUAUCUAACGUAUAUAUCUUACAAAACCAUCAAAUCAGAUAUAUACAAUAAAAUAGAAUCAAAAGUAACAAAAAUACUAGAUGAGAUAAGUUAUUGUGCAAAACAAUUCCAAGCUAAUAAUUGUGGAUCAUCAAACAGACCACCAGCUAUAGCACAAGAAUGUGAUGCUUUGGAAAGGUGUCAAAAUCAAUCUAUUCAAAUUUAUGGAACCUCACUUACUUUACUGUUGUUGGCUGAAGUUUUGAAUUCUUUUGUGAAUCAAUUAAGUUUGAAAACUAUUUUGGUUUGUGGGUUUUUGUUCUUGGGUGCUGUUUUUAUGACUGGGUUGAAUAUUAAUAAUUUUAAUAGAGAUUUACCAAAAAUUACGAAUUGA